CCUCUGCUGCAUCCCUGGCUGCCUGCCUGACUGCCCGCCUGGCAUCGGCUGCAGCCAGCUGACAGCUGACGCACCCCUUCACGCAGCACGCUCAAGCACACGCACCACUAUCCGUCCCGCACGCCCACGCUCAAAGUUCGGAUCGAGUCGGUCCCGAGGCUCACGAAGACUGCUGCUGCGAGUGUGGAGGCGAGUCUUCCGGGGACGAAACUCGGAAGCGGGCCGCGACUCCGCGGAAGUCCCUCCUGGAAAGACUAUUAUAACAGAAACCGAUAUAAUGUCGAGAAAAAGAAUGCGUGAAGAGGAGACCAGCAACACGACAACCGAAGUUCAAGCUGCUACUAAUCACACUCCACCCCAGGGGGAGUUCACAAUGAAUUCCGUGAAAACAAUGGCACCGUUUAGCGAUGACCCAGAGGCUAUAGCAAUCAGAGAAAAGGUAGAUUACAGUAUCAGAAUCACCUUUAAACAAGCAAAGGCUGGCAAUGCCCCGAGGCCUAUCAGAGUAUUUGCGGAUGGCAUUUAUGAUUUAUUUCAUCAAGGACACGCAAGACAACUUUUACAAGCCAAGAAUUUGUUUUCAAAUGUUUACCUCAUAGUUGGAGUGAAUGGUGAUUCUCAAACACACAUGAAAAAGGGCCGCACCGUGAUGACUGAAGAUGAACGGUUUGAAGCUGUAAGACACUGCCGAUAUGUUGAUGAAAUCAUCAAAGACUCACCAUGGGAGUUGGAUGAUGAGUUCUUAAAUAAACACAAGAUUGACUUUGUGGCACAUGAUGAUAUUCCGUAUGUUACGGAGGAUGUCAAUGAUGUGUAUAAGUUUAUCAAAGACAGAGGAAUGUUUGCAGCAACAGAAAGGACUGAAGGUGUUUCUACCUCUGACAUUGUUGCAAGAAUUGUUCGAGAUUAUGAUGUUUAUGUAAGACGGAAUUUGGCCCGUGGCUAUAGCGCAAAGGAACUAAAUGUUUCAUUUCUGAAUGAAAAGAAAUUUCGUCUACAAAAUAAAAUGGAUGAACUUAAAGACAAAGGAAAGAGAGUGAUAGAAAACAUUGGUGAAAAACGCAUAGAUAUGAUCCAAAAGUGGGAAGAGAAAUCGAGAGAUUUCAUUGACACUUUUCUGUUAUUAUUUGGAAGAGAAGGCAGAUUGUCACAUAUUUGGAAUGAGGGAAAGGGACGGUUAAUGCAGGCCCUGUCUCCCCCUUCAAGUCCAGGGAGAGGUAAUGAUUCAAGUGAUGGUGAUGCUGAAGCUGAGGAAACAAGCCCACCCCCUCCCAAAGCGUGUCGCCUUGAAUAUUCAGCAGGAUCAAGCCGUAGUCGUUCAUCAGCAUGUGCCCUAUCUGAUGACUAUUCGGAUGAUGAUUUACCCACUGGGGGAAUCUAAAGCAAGAUACGGGAACAUCUGCCAACCUAUAAAGCCCAGUGGUAGCAAAUUUGCAGGUUUUUAGGAGUUGUAGAGUCAUUGUUGAUCUGUCGUUACCAUUGUUUAGUGUUUUUAACAAUGAUUGUUACCUAAGAUAAAAUUGCAGUGAGAUUGAUCAUGUCAUGAUAUUGUCACUCAUCACACUCUUGUAUUAUCGAUUUUUGUGCAUUUUUUUUAAACAAAAUUCAUAACUCUGGCUGUUUUGCUAUUAUUUUGGUUGAUGUAAUCAGUUCUGCUCUGAUGAGAACUGCUUCAAACCAAGUUUAUGUAUUGUUUGUUGUGAAGUUCAAGUUUAGUCAGGACUUAUGUCAAACAGUGAUGUAUUAGCACAAAACUUGUGGAAUGUUUUACCAUGCUCAUGGACUGGUAGGAAGCAAAUUAAAUUUUGCCCAGUAGUUGCCAACAUACAUAUUUGUUAAUCGAUCUUUGGAAUCAUUUUAUAAUCCAUUAAAUUUUGAACCCCCAAGUGAGGGAACUGUGAACUACUGUGUCUGUUUGAUUUUGGGUUUAUUUUAAGUUCCACAUGUUACUAGAAUACUGCUUCCUUGUCAUUGAGCUUAGCAUUCAUGUUUUACUAUAGCUGAAAUGAAUGCCAAAUAGAAAGGGAUAAAUAAAGUCAAAAGACAAUUAUCAAAAAUUUUGACAAUAAUAGUAUUUAGUUCACAGGAAAACUUAUUUUCCUUAUCAACAGCAAUGAAGAAAUACUGUAUCUAUUCAUUUAUCUGUACUCACUCCUACCUUUAAAAAGAUGCUUCAAAUUUUUAUUUGCUUUAUACUGUACUAUGUAAAAUAAUUUUAUUUAAGAGCAUUGUGUUACAGGACGUUCUUUAGAAUGUCAGUCAUAUUUUUGUUUUUGUGUGUGUGGGUCAACUUAUUUAUGUUUUAUUUAUUUAUACAGAUUAUUAAUAAAUAAGAUGGAAAGCUUAAAUGCUAAAUUUUCUGUGAUUCCUUGGGCAGAUCUUAAUUGUUCUAACAUUCCACAAGAAAUACAGAUGGUAUAGAAAGGAGGCAUUUACCACCGCGCUGUAGUAUUUUUUAAAACAGUGAGCAUCAGUGUACGCUUGCAGGUUGCUUAAAUUUUUAAUGUGUGAUGCACAAGGUAGAUAAAAACAUGUAAUGUUAAUUAUUUUCUGCCUGAACUUGAUGAACUGCACAGGCAUUUGCUUCACAAACCCGUGCAUUUAUGAAUUUUGAGAUUGUUAUGUUAUUUUUGAAGCUGUGCAGGCAAGAACUGACUUUGAUUUAAAAGAUUUGUUUUUUCCUUUUUCGUUUCGGUUGUGCAACUGUUGGGGUUUUUAGAAGGCAUGUAGAUAGGCUGAAACCAAUGGAGGGCAACUUUGUAUGUGUGAUUAAUGAUAUUUUGUCUGAAUAUAUUGCAAAAGACCAAA